GGUGGCGGCGGGCGCUAAAUGAGAGACGCCGAGUGGUCGGGUCGCCGGGCGCUAGCCUAGGCGGCGGUGGCGGCGGAGCGUGAGGCCGGCGGGUCUUUCCAUCCUCCGAGGCGACGGCCACGGCUGCACAGGAAUAAUAAUGUAUUUGUGGCCUUGGACGUGAAGCAGUCAGUCAGUCUUCUGUGCUGUUAACAUAGCAUCAGGACUGAUGUUGUGGGAAGCAUGGACCUACUGAACGGGCAGGCAAGCAGUGUUAAUGUUGCUGCUACUGCUUCGGAGAAAAGUAGCAGUUCUGAAUCGUUAAGUGACAAAGGUUCUGAAUUGAAGAAAAGCUUUGAUGCCGUGGUAUUUGAUAUUCUUAAGGUUACACCAGAAGAAUAUGCGGGUCAAAUAACACUAAUGGAUGUCCCAGUAUUUAAAGCCAUUCAACCAGAUGAGCUUUCAAGUUGUGGAUGGAAUAAAAAAGAAAAGUAUAGUUCUGCACCAAAUGCAGUUGCCUUCACAAGAAGAUUUAAUCAUGUAAGCUUUUGGGUUGUUAGAGAGAUUCUUCAUGCUCAAACAUUAAAAAUUAGAGCAGAAGUUUUGAGCCACUAUAUUAAAACUGCGAAGAAACUGUAUGAGCUGAAUAACCUCCAUGCACUCAUGGCAGUGGUUUCUGGCUUACAGAGCGCCCCGAUUUUUAGAUUGACGAAAACAUGGGCGUUACUAAGUCGAAAAGACAAAACUACCUUUGAAAAAUUAGAAUAUGUAAUGAGUAAAGAAGAUAACUACAAAAGACUCAGAGACUAUAUAAGUAGCUUAAAGAUGACACCCUGCAUUCCCUAUUUAGGUAUCUAUUUGUCAGACUUAACUUACAUUGAUUCAGCAUACCCGUCAACUGGCAGCAUUCUAGAAAGUGAGCAGAGAUCAAAUUUGAUGAAUAACAUCCUUCGAAUAAUAUCUGAUUUACAGCAGUCUUGUGAAUAUGAUAUCCCCAUGUUGCCUCACGUCCAAAAAUAUCUGAACUCUGUUCAGUAUAUAGAAGAACUACAAAAGUUUGUGGAAGAUGAUAAUUACAAGCUUUCAUUAAAGAUAGAACCAGGGACAAGCACACCACGCUCUGCUGCUUCUAGGGAAGACUUAGUAGGUCCUGAACUGGGAUCUCCACAAAGUGGAAGAAGUGUGGCAGCGGAAGGAGCCUUGUUACCUCACACACUGCCAUCCCCUCGGAACCUGAUUCCACAUGGACAUAGGAAGUGCCAUAGCCUGGGUUAUAAUUUCAUUCAUAAAAUGAACACAGCAGAGUUUAAGAGUGCGACAUUCCCAAAUGCAGGGCCAACGCAUCUAUUAGAUGAUAGCGUCAUGGAGCCCCACGCACCAUCUCGAGGUCAAGCUGAAAGUUCAACUCUGUCUAGUGGAAUAUCAAUAGGUAGCAGUGAUGGUUCUGAACUAAGUGAAGAGACCUCAUGGCCUGCUUUUGAAAGGAACAGAUUGUACCAUUCUCUCGGCCCGAUGACACGAGUGGCACGAAAUGGCUAUCGAAGCCACAUGAAGGCCAGCAGUUCUGCAGAAUCAGAAGAUUUGGCAGUACAUUUAUAUCCAGGAGCUGUUACUAUUCAAGGUGUUCUCAAGAGAAAAACUUUGUUAAAGGAAGGCAAAAAGCCUACAGUAGCAUCUUGGACAAAAUAUUGGGCAGCUUUGUGUGGGACACAACUUUUUUACUACACUGCCAAGUCUCUAAAAGCUACAGAAAGAAAACAUUUCAAAUCAACAUCAAAUAAGAAUGUGUCUGUGGUAGGGUGGAUGGUGAUGAUGGCUGAUGACCCGGAACAUCCUGACCUCUUCCUGCUGACUGACUCUGAGAAAGGAAAUUCAUACAAGUUUCAAGCUGGCAAUAGGAUGAAUGCAAUGCUGUGGUUUAAGCAUUUGAGUGCUGCCUGCCAAAGUAACAAGCAACAGGUUCCUACAAACUUGAUGACUUUUGAGUAAAAGCCUAAGAAAGACGAGGUGAAUUGUUGCUCCACAGUGGGAGCAAGGCCCUGGGGGACCAGCGCCAGCGAAAACCAGUCCUGUGCCAGGGGAGCCGAGCUUCCCUCUCUGCCUCCGGAUUCUGAACCAAAAAAGCACUAAUUCCAGGGAGUGAAGUGAGACAUUCCCAGAGAACCAAUUGCAGUUGCAAAACAAACUGCCAUGGACCACGCUUCUUAUCUCUGAACUGACCUGUGGAAACCACUGCCUUAAAAGAACGCAAGGAAAACCAACACCAAACACCAAAUAGUGUGUGUGAUCUCCUGGCGGUGCUGUGCUUGGAAUAGAUCGUAGCUCAUUUGCAUUUCUUUUAACUUUGUGUUAAUUUUGGAGGGGGGAAUCGCCUUUUUCAGAUACACUUUAAAAAGGAAAAACGUCAUUCUAAUGGGUUACGUGAGGAGCUGGUUUUGAACCAAGGUAUAAAGGUAUUAAUGUUUUUGAACCGAAGUGUAAAGAUCUUCUGAUAAGCAGCAUUCUUCCAGCAGCCUCCCCGAAAGUGUGUUUGGCCUCCGUUCGCCUGCCGCCUCAUGCUCUCAUAGCACGAGGAACUAGAAAUGUUGUAAUGUGAGUUGUUGGGACUUUGUUUGGGACUUUGGGAGGGAUUUUGUUUGGUUUUGGAUGAGGAAAGAUAUUUUUAAACACUAAACUUCUGAGAUUUAGUACUGUAUGGGGAACACGACUUCCUGCAGGGGUAUAAAGGCCGAGUGUUCACCUGCCAGACACUUUUCACAUAGGCUCCAGAAAACAUGGUUGUUUUUAACUGCGUUUAAGGUCAGCCUCUAUAUGAAUUCAUUGUUGGGCCACAGAUCUGCGUAGUAGGGAUUGCAUCCCAACCUAAACUUCCUUGAGAUUUUACAGUCAUUACUUUUUUCAAUUUAGUUGGAUUCGCUCUUCUACCAGUCACAGGUGAUUUUUAUCACCAAGGAGAUAAAUUGAUGUUUUCCUUUACCUUGUUUAUUGUGCACAAUGCCAGGUUUUUUUAAAAUUCAUUUUCAUUAUAUUUGUUCAAUAUGAGAUUCAGGGUCACAUUUGUUUAAAAGAGAUUCCAUAUAUGUAUGUGUUCAUUUUAUACAAAAUAAUUUUAAGAGGGGAAAAGGUAAGAGGUUGAGAUUCUGAGAAUUUAAAGUAUCAAAACUCUCCUUAUACAACUUUUCUUUAUUGCAAAACAUUUUCCUGAAAACUUGCUAUGAAAUCAGUAGUUGACCAAGUAGUUUCAUGAGGGCUCGUCUAUGCAGUAAUGCAUUUAAUAUCCAAAAUGUUGAAUCACUAAAAAAAUAAUAAUAAGAUUGAAGAUAAGAUACCUUAGAGUUUUAACAAAAAAUGGCAUUUGAACAAAGGCUAUGUUGGAUGUUAUAAAUUCAUGAGGCAUCAUAGGUUUUAGCACUGGCCCAGAGUAAGAACGCCUUCUGUCUGAUACCUCCUACCAGGCUCUGUUACUUUGGGCCUUACGUAAAAUUGUUUGCAUUUGUAUUCUUAGAAAACAUUGUACUUUUUUAUCAUAAGUAUUUCAUUCUUGAAUCUAUGAAACAUCAAUAGAAAAUAUUGCCCACAGACUAAUUAGCUAAAAAAAAAUAAAAAGAAAAUCUAUCCAAAAGGAAGCAGAAGAGCUUUUUCUGAGCCAUGCAUUUUUCCAUUUAGCUCUGUUUCCAAGGGAUAGUAAGAGUGCAGAUAUUUUUCUCUUAUGGCAGAGUUAGAAAGGCCGUCGUUUCUGGUUUUGUGGAAAGUGACACAGGCUGGAGAGGACAGUGUUGCCUGUGCUGAGUGAUGUUUAAAUUAACGACCUCCCGAGCUUGACCCACGUUGGGUACAUGGAGGGACCCCUCCUGCGGAGCCAGCAGUAUUACCGUGUAGACCUUGCACAUCUGACUUUUAUUUUGCAUUUUUUUAAAUUUCUUAUUUUGUUUAUUUCUCUUCAGAAAGAAAUGUUUUUAAUAGUGUACGUGCUUUUUAAAAAAUACUAUGGAUGAGAACCCUGUGGAUUUUUUUUUAUUAUUGCUUUGUUUUGUUUGUUGUAAAUAAGCUACGGUAGAUAUGUCAUAGGGGAACCACGUCUGUGGAGGUAGGCACCUGGAAGUCAGAGCCUGAUGUUUUGCCAAAGAGGGAGCUAAACUGGAAGAUGUGUUUUCAGCUCUAAACAUGAAUGAAUGCCUGCACAGACGAAGAAUAGUGUUCAAUUUGGUAAACAGUCCUUUUGCCUGAAGCUCUUAACAUAACUGUGCAUAGAAGUUGCCAUUGUUUUUUUGUCUUCAAAUUUGUCCUUUCAAAAGAUUAGUCAUUGCUUUUUGAGGUUAUUGUAGCAUUUGAAGCUAAUGGAAACCAGUGGAUUAAACUAGUGUAGGUGAAUGUUUUAUCUGCAAUUCACCAAAUGAUAUCUGAUAAUAAUUCAUGCAAAGAAAAUAUGUCUCCAAAAUAUGUUAAAUAUUUAGGUAGUUUAUUAGUGGGAUGAUUAAUUUAUUUCCCUUUAUAAAUUAGUAAAUUCGUGACCCAGAAGCUUGAAAUUUCCAUCAAUAUUAAGUUCAUCUGUUUCUCUCCAAGCCAAGAAGAGCUCAUAGAAACAAUAAUUUAAAUUUAAGCUAGUUUAUGAUACGCAUAAUGGUUGGCAUAUUAUAUGGCCCAGGAUAGUAGAAUAUAAUAUUGGCCAGAAUACAAUUCAGACACAUCGCAUGUAACAGUUUAUUUGAACAGAAGCUUAUUUUUCACAUAGAGGUAACAUACCAGUUUUUAAAAUAUAACUAUAAAAAUAACUGCACAAUGAGCACUAUUUUUGGUUUCAUGCCCCCGUGUGUUUGAGCUCUGCUUAUUUUUUCACAGUUAUUAUUUUUUUACUGUAAUCUCCAAAAUGUAAGAAUUGAAAGAGAAUUGAUCAAACACACCUUCCUAUUUCAUUUUCUUCACUAUGUAAAUGUCAUUUGUGUAAACAUUACAAAAAGGGAUCCAAACAGUUUGAGUUUGAAUGUUUUUUCUCCUAGGCCUGUGCUUCGAUGACAAAUGUUUUUCCUGUAUGGAAAUGCAUAGACUAUUGCACUACCUUCUGUGUGGACUGUUCUGGUAUUCAGUCUUUCUGUGCACCAAGAGUUACAGUGUUUAUAGCGGCAAAGUUUUUAUAAGUAGCUUUAUUCCUCUACUAGAAGGUUUAUAAAAGAGACCAAGGAGCAUUAUUGUUAUGGAAGGAGAAAAUGUUUACAGUGUAUAGUGUACACACUCUGUAGAUUAGUUGAAACAGGGGCCCUCUAUGGGCAGGCUGGUCUGUUGAUCUGUUGGGAUAACUAAAAUUUACCUGGCAAAUUACUUGAGCAGAGGUCUUUUUUCUCCCCACCCCACACCACCCCCCAUUUUUUAGGUUAAAUCUGUAAGCUGUAUGUCUUUGCUACUGAAAACAAAACUGUAAGGCAUCAUAUUAAUUCUGGGAAUCAAAACAUUUAAUCCAUCUACUUUUGUAAAGAAGAUAUCCACUGUUGACAUGCUUCCUGUUUUUUGAGGCACAUUCCUUCACAACCAGUUUUUAAACUGCCACGUUAUCUUCUGCAAACAAGGGGUACAGUGUUGCUCAACAGAAGAUAACCUUUCAUAACAGAAAUCCUCUGCUUCAAAGGCUUUCAAAAUAAUUGGAUCCCUUUUUGGAAAUGAAGAUCCAUUCGCCCGUGUCUCGGUGGAACAGUAUUAGCGCUGCUGAUGCAUGAACAGAUGGUGAGGUUUGCCUGAUUUCGUGAUCUUUUGAGGUUUGCUUUUAUUUUUUCUCUUCUUUUGUAGUUUUUUCUUUCAAAGAUUUUACAGCCAGAGUGGUAGUCUGAUUUUUUCUAAGCUUUCAGAUAUGAACAGUUACUUAAUCACAUUGAUGAUAAUUGUUUUUCAUGUGAAGUCAGCCUUUUCAAAAUGAUUCAAGUAUUUUUUGCUUUGCUCCCCGAAAAAUGGCUUGUGUCUAAAGUGACUUUUUUUUUCUACUUAGAAAAUUCUAAUGAAAGAGAUCUCUGUGUUCAAACUCUUAAGCUUAUUGAAAGCAGUUUCAUUACACGGUAUCUCAAGUCAUAGUGUGGGGAAAAUUUGGUCAGUGCCUUAUCAAUUUGAAGACCAAUUAUAGGCAUGGAGUAUGACAAUAAUCAUGGGUCCUCUUACUCCUUUAUUUCAGGAGUGCUAUCUACCCCUCUUACUCCUUUAUUUCAGGAGUGCUAUCUACCCCUCUCUCCACCAGCUCACUCUGUCUCGCAUCCAGUCUAAGAAAGUCUGUAUAGAUAUUCCUAGGUAAUUGUUGCAGCCCUCCUUGGUUUUGAGUCUUUUUAGACAAGCUUCCUUCCUGCUCCUCUCCGUCCGGGCAGGAGAUUAAAAAUAAAUCCACCCACGUCGCUCUUUGGAUGAGCACUCUUACCCGUCACGGAGUUUAUGUUUAUUUUGUGUUGAUGUUUUUGGUUGUUGUUGUAGUUGCUAUGAGCAUAUACUUAAUUAUAAGGCCUUUCAGGAAAUCUCUAAAAGAAUAUGAUGCAGCCAGAAAGAUGUGUUCGGGUUUUAUGAAAGCUAUUGAAGUCUUGUGAUGAGAAUCCAUUUGGUCAGAAAUGAAAUUUCGUUUGGUUCAUUCUUAUAUUUAAAUAAGACUCAGAACAAACAAGCAGCCACUUAACCUACCAGUUAUUGUUCACUUGAAAACAUCAUGAUGGGAAAGUGAAAACAACUCCAGUAUAUAAAUUAAAGGGAAGUUAAGAGACUAAAGGAAAUUUCCCAGGAAAAGCAAAGCUUGGAAACACUUUUCUCCUCUAUGAUUAUUACAAGAUGUGGAACUACUACUGUUGUUCAACUGAGUCAAGAUGCUAUUUUCACAAAUAUGAAAGGGCUCGUCUGUUCCAAAGUAGGCAAGUAGACAUGGUCUUUAAAGCCACAUGAAGGGUUAACUCACUGGUCCUUGAGGGUGAGUAAUUAGCAGAAUUUAAAUUUUGAUCUGGUCAUUUGGGCUGCAAAGUAGUGAUGAGAUUCGAAGAAUACAUAAUUAGAGUGCUUUGAGAUUAAACUGGUUUUUUAAAUAGAAAAUUUCAUAAAUAUUAGCCAUGCUUUAGAUACUAGGUCAGAAAUACUAAGUUUCCCCUGAAGAUAUUGUGUAUUAGAUCUAUUCACAAAGAUAGUCCAGUAACUAUUGACUUAGGUCCGACAGCAUAGCCGAUAAGAAGUCACCAGGCUCUCAACAGUUUCUACACGUUGGUUGUUGACAAAUUCAUUGUUGUACAGGCUACUGAAGUGUGGGUGAGUGGUGGGGGGACCCAUCCACAGUGUUCUCUGUAGGAGGUAAACAUCUGUGGGGAUAAGUACCCUGUGAUGAUUAUAUGCAGGAAAACACAAGCCAUUUUUACCCUUUGCCCCAGUGAGCUUGAGUACUCAUGACGAAGCACUCGGCUGCACUAUGACCUCCUUGAGUGAUGUGCAGCUUGGUUCCUCCCUCACUUUUUGUUUCUGUUCAAUAUGCAAAUGUGAGUGUGAGAUCUUCGGUGUGUUUGCAUAUGCUGACUUGAAAAUGAAUUUAAGUACAGUUUUCUGAAAUAUUUCUAUUGAAAUAAAUUACUUAAAAAUA